AUGUCUACGUCAGAAACCAGGCAGCUGUGCGAGUGGAUCUCCAGCUUGUCGCUGGAUCACAUCCCCCAAGACAGAGUCACCAGAGCAAAAUACCUCAUUCUCGACGGUCUGGCCUGUCUCUUGAUCGGUGCUCAUCUGCCCUGGUCCGAAGAUGCCGUCAAGGGUAUUUUCAGCUUCGAGUCUUCUGGACCCUGCAGUGUUUUUGGCUGGGAGAGGAAAAUCUCCCCCCUCUCUGCAGCCCUCCUCAACAGCACAUUCCUCCAAGGCUUCGAGCUAGACGACUACCACCGCGAAGCCCCCAUCCACUCCAACUCCAUCGUUCUCCCUGCCCUCUUCGCCGCCCUCGAACACUGCGCCGCCGCAGACAACACAGCCAUCAACGGCCCCUCCUUCCUCCUCUCCACCAUCGUCGGCUACGAGACAGGCCCCCGCGUCGGACAGGGCGUGUACGGCGGCGAAGUCCUCGGACGGGGAUGGCACUCGGGCGCAAUCUUCGGCCCCGCCGCGGCCGCCGCCGCAUCGAGUAAACUGUUCGGUCUAUCAGCCGAUCAAAUGGAAGAUGCGCUAGGCAUCGCAUGCACACAAGCCGGCGGACUAAUGUCGGCUCAAUACGAAAGCUCCGUGAAGCGCAUGCAGCACGGCUUCGCGACGCGGAACGGGCUCUUCGCUGCCCUGAUGGCGCGCAGCGAGUACUCCGGCAUCAAGCAGGUCUUGGAACGGCCGUACGGCGGGUUUCUGAGCGUGUUUAGCCAGGGGAAUGGGAAGGAGCCUGCGUUCUUGGCGGAGAAGGUGGUGGAGAAACUCGGUGAGAUGUGGGAGAUGGAUCGGAUUGUGGUGAAGCCGUAUGCGACUAUGGCUGCUACGCAUGGAACGAUUGAUUGUGUGAUUAAGCUGCAGGAGAAUUAUCCUGAGGUUACGGCCAAGGUGGACAGGAUCAAGAAGGUGACGGUUGAAAUGUCGACUCCGGCGUGGAAGAAGGGCGGGUGGGUUGUUAAGCGGCCGUUGACGCCGACGGGGGCGCAGAUGAGUUGUGUAUAUGCUGCUGCUAUGCAGUUGCUGGAAGGACAGGUCCAGCCUGCUCAGUUUGGUGCAUCGCAGAUGGAGAGAGAAGAUGUGUGGACGCUUAUGGAGAAGAUUGAAUGCGUUCCUAACCCAGACUGGGAUAAGGAUAUGAUCACAGGAUGGUAUCAGCGCAUUUAUCUCGAGGUGGAAGGCGAUGAUGGAGAGACCAAGACAUACACAGACCUGGUGGAGGCACCACGAGGGAAUGGAGUGCCUCUAACCAACGAGGAGAUUCUGACUAAAUGGCGACGGGUGACAGAGGGAGUCAUCGACCCGAAGAGAAGAGCGACGAUUGAAAAGUUGGUGUUGAGUUUGGAGGAUAUGGAGAAUAUGGAGGAGCUGGCGGCGAUUUUAUACCCUCAGACAUCCAAUGUUCUGGCUUAG